UGCAUGUUUACCAGUGACAGAAAUACUAAAGUAUAAGUCCUCAGUUCAAACUUUUACUUAAGUAAAACAUACAGAAGCAUAAUUAACAAUAUACACAUAUACAAAUAUAAAGUUCUGUAAGGAAUAUAUCUCCUCCUGAAAUUUACUUCAAAAUUUUUGUUGAGUAAAUGUACAUAGUGUCUUUCCACCAAUAAAGUUUACCUAAAGUAAAAAACUACCAGUUUACGUAUUCAUGCCACAAGAUGCUUUUAGCAUUGUAAACACUGUUGUUUAUGUUAUUUAUUAAAAACUUAAUCUCUAGGGAUAAAAAGGGCUCUGGACAAAUCUGAAAGAAAAGAAUGUGUCAGAGAAUUAAAACGUUGGUACGGCAGUGCAAGUAAAAACUGGUGUACAUGCAUAUGCCGUAUGAGCACAUUAAUCCUGCCCUGUACAGUUCAGAGACAUUAUAUGUUCAUUCCAUAAACCUCGUUCAUGCUCAUUCAAGUGGUUGAGGUCUUACAAAACUAUGCGUUUGACUCAUGCAGAUAAACCUGUUGUUCCUCUCACUUCUCCCGUGUCAGUUAGACACACAAGGUAAGUGCGGUAGGAGGAGCAUGUAAUGAAUCAUUCCUUCAGCUGUGCAGGUUUAGGUUGCUGCCUCCGUCCUCAGCAUUCACUUGCUGCUGUGGAACUUGGGUAACAUGUGUGAGGACGAUGGGCCAUGGGACUCCUGAUAAUAUGAACUGGGCUGGACUACUGCAGAACCUGCUGCUUUUGGUCCAACUCAAGCAGAUCAUAUGUGGUUCUCUCCGGUUUUCUGUCCCAGAGGAACAGGAGCCUGGUACUCUGGCUGGGUCACUUAGUAAACACUUUCCACCUCCGUACCAGCUCCUGACCCAAGAGUACCUGUGGAUGGACAAAAACACAGGGAAUUUCUACACCACUGAGCAUAAGAUGGAUCGUGAGGCCCUUUGCCCCAAGGAGACAAAAGCUGAGGAAUGCAUUCUUCUACACAAUGCUAUCGUGAGGCCCUCAGGAGACCUUAUACAGUUUCCUGUGAUCAUAGAGGACAUCAAUGACAAUGCACCUCAUUUUGAAAACAGUGAAAUACACCUGAGGGUGUCUGAGGACGCAACUGUAGGGACCAGUUUCCCAUUGGAUGACCAGGCUAAGGACAGGGAUGCCGGUCUUAACGGAGAGCUGCGGUACCACCUAGAAGAUUCUAAUGGAGUUUUCAGUUUAAAGGUCGAAGAAGACGGACAUUUAAUCAUGCUGGUUGUAGAAACAGCUAUGGAUAGAGAGACUCAGGACCAGUAUCAGAUGGCGCUGGUGGCCACCGACUGUGGCACAGACCCUUUAAGUGCUACAGCAACUUUGAUAGUCACAGUGACAGAUGUUAAUGACAACUGUCCAAGCUUUAGUUCUGACAGCCCACGCAAUGUCACCAUCCCUGGAGACUCCCCGAAGAACAUGUUGGUAGCUCAGGUCAGAGCCACAGACCCAGAUUCAGGCCCGAAUGCUGUCAUCACUUAUUCCCUCAGUCCCAGAGUCUCUGAGCGGGCCAAGAAGCUCUUUAGCCUCGACAGCCUCACUGGGCACAUCAGACUAACACAGGACCUCCAGAGUGACAACUCUGAGGAGCUGGUGUUGAAAGUGUUAGCUAGCGGCCGUCACUGCCCCCCAGCAGACACUCAGGUAAUCGUAUCCGUGCUCCCCAAGGCGAAGCAAGAGCUGACGAUAAAGAUCGGGUUCAUAGUGGAGCAUCAAAACGAGACUGUGGUGUUACCAGAGAACCAACCCCCCACCGCCUUAGCUGUUUUGGAGCUUGAAGGUGACAGCAGCUUUAACAGCUCAUCUCUUGCCAUUGAGGGUGAAGUUCCUUUCACUUUGAGCCCACAGAAUGGCAAAUAUCUGCUUUCGACAUCAAAGCCCCUAGACUAUGAGAUGAAAAGGCAACAUCAUAUUUUUCUGGUAGUGCAUAGGAAAUCAGAUGAAGUGUCUGUGAUGGUUCCUCCCAGGCAUGUGAUCAGGGUGUUGGUGGCAGAUGUCAAUGAUAAUGCUCCACAUUUCCUCCAGUCUCACUACCAGCUGGAGGUGGGGGAAAACAACGACCCAGGAAUGUCACUGCUGCAGGUCUCAGCUUCAGACGCAGACAGCGGAUACAACGGCAGGGUGACCUACGGGCUGGACAAACACUCGUCUACCAUCUUUAACAUUGACCCUGUGACAGGUCAACUGUCUGUGUCAGCCUCUCUUGAUAGAGAACAGCAGGGUGUACACAAACUCACAGUGUUUGCACGAGAUAGCGGCUCCCCUCCCUUGGAGUCUUCGGCCACAGUAUCCAUUCGUGUUCUGGACCAGAAUGACAAUGCGCCUGUUUUUCUAACCCCUCACUUCAUCUUUUUCAUCCCUGAGAAUGUACGACCCUUUGUCCAGGUGGGGAGGGUAGGGGUGACAGACGCAGAUGAAGGGGAGAAUGGGAACACAGAGUUGCAUGUUGUAAACAGCAGUGGACCAUUUGUUGUGGAUAACACCCAGGGGACACUUCGCACCACCACCAACUUGGACCGCGAGACAGAGGACCGCUACGAGCUCUAUCUGCUGGCCAGCGAUCAUGGGCACCCUGUCGCUUUGACAUCCACUGCCAGGGUAACUAUCUUUGUGGAGGACAUCAAUGACAACCGACCAAAAGUGAUCCUUCCCAGCAGCAACUCCUCAUGCCUGACUGUCUCUCCUUCUGCUAUGGCCGGCACCAUGGUAACAAAGAUCUAUGCCAUUGAUGAGGACUCAGGGCUGAAUUCAGAGAUUACAUACUCUAUUGUGGCACCUGAGCCAGUGCAAAACAGCAGUCCCUUUCAGGUGGAUUCAAGGUCAGGGAACAUCGUUUUAGGGCAGCAACUUCUACAGAAGGACCUGGGAAUGCAUCACUUGUUCAUUGUGGUCAGAGAUGGGGGGAAACCAAUUCCACUUUAUAGCACUGUCUGGGUUAAUCUGUUGGUCAAUGACACCAUGGAGCCCUGCCAUUUGAACAGGGCACCUACCUGGACGGGAACACCUGACUUGUUUCGAACCCCUUCAAGUGCCCCUAUCUGUGAGAUAGAGACUCCAAGAUAUGACAUGAUACUGGUCGCAGGCCUAAUUGCAAUGCUGGUAUCCACAUGUUUGUUUGUGGUGACAGUUGUUUUAUACGUGAAACUAAGGAGAAGAAGUCUACAACAGAACAAAAGGGCACACGUUGAGGAGAAUGAGAUUCCACUCAGGCUCAAAGCCAAAUAUUACUCUGAUGACUAACAGAAUAAAGCAAGCAAUGUGUAUAAUCCUCACUCACACAGUGUCAAUAUGAAUUCAGCCUGUGAAAUAAAUGU